UAUAAUGGUUUAAUCAACUAGUUUACUUGGAUUUUAGUCUUUUAAAGAGCCUACGUAAUACAAAUGUCUCUUAUUUUGUUAUUCUCGUUUAUAAUUUUGUAUGGAGUUGUAUACAGCGAUGAGAACAACACGCAGAGCAAGGUGGAUUAUUGCUUACAUCCAGACUGUCCUAUAAAAGACCAGCAUACUUUGUGCGCUGCUAACAAUAAAGCUAGCCGCCGUUUAUACGUCUCUGGAAUGACAACUUGGAUGAGGUACCAAAUAUUGCUACUACAUAAUAGACACAGGGACAACAUCGCCAUGGGUUUAGAAGCAGCUCAACCGCCGGCUACAAAUAUGAGAAAAUUAUAUUGGGAUUAUGAACUAGAGGAGAUGGCUGAAGUUUGGGCGAGACAGUGUCAAAAGCGCCACGAUGAGUGUCGAAAUACAAUAAGAUUUAACGCGUUGCAGAACAUGGACGUGCGCCCUGUGGUGCCGAGGGUGACGGAAGCGCAGUUGCUCGCAGACGCGGUAGGGGCCUGGUUCUCCGGUUCCAGAUCUUUGCAACCAGAGAACGUAUGGUCAUUCAAGCUUAGUAAUUGCAGCGCACCGGGCGGGUGUAAUGCUCAUUGGUACUCGGCCGCAGCGUGGGCUUCGACGUGGCGAUUAGGAUGCUCCCAAGCACUUUGUACAGUUCGGAAACCAUCGUGUGUUCUUUUUCGUAAGAGGAGACGGGCACGACUAUUUGAAGCUAAUGAUAUGAAAGCUACGACUACGUCGUCAACGACAGAAAACAUUCUUCGAAGGACAAGAUACAUGACAUCUGGACAAGCUUCUCGAUUUGAAGAUUUUGCGACCACUGUUAAAGACAAUAUCGUGGAGUCACCUUUAUAUCGUGGUGCAAUGGAUAACGUUUCAAAAAGGACAAAACGAAGAGAUCUAAAAAUUAUUGCUUUCACAUUUUGUAAUUAUGGUCCAGCAGGAAACAUAGAAGGUUUUCCAAUUUAUGAAGCCGGCACAACUUGCGCUAAUUGUCCUCAAGGCACCCAUUGUCGAGAUCGAACCCACAGAGCAUUGUGUUCCGUUGUUAACGAUCCGGACGGGCACAACAAAUUGAUGGACGCUAACUAA